UGUCGCCGACUGGCGCGCCCUGACGUCACUUCCCGCUCGGCGACGGCAGCGUCUCCGCACGCUGGGCCGGGCCCGUCAUGCUGUGCCGGGGUAGUUUGGUCGGUGGACUGUGACAGCGACCCAGCUGUGGACAGUGCAGUGGGCGCAGGGAAUAGCGGCUCUGGCCAUGGACGGCUCCUUUGUCCAGCACAGUGUGAGGGUUCUGCAGGAGCUCAACAAGCAGCGGGAGAAGGGGCAGUAUUGCGACGCCACCCUGGACGUGGGGGGCCUGGUGUUCAAGGCACACUGGAGCGUCCUUGCCUGCUGCAGUCACUUCUUCCAGAGCCUCUAUGGGGAUGGCUCAGGGGGCAGUGUUGUCCUUCCUGCUGGUUUCGCGGAGAUCUUUGGCCUCCUUCUGGACUUUUUCUACACUGGUCACCUUGCCCUUACCUCAGGGAACCGGGAUCAGGUGCUCCUGGCAGCCAGGGAGUUGCGAGUACCAGAGGUCGUGGAGCUGUGCCAGAGCUUCCAGUCCAAAACCUCCGUGGGACAGGCAGUGAGCGGCCAGAGUGGGCUGGGGAAACCUGCCUCUCGGGAAGUGAGCAGCCACCUCAAGGAGCCAACAGACUUGGAGGAAGAGGAAGGUUCGAGGACUCUGGGCCUGGUUCCCAGGGAUCAGGACCCCAGAGAUUGUCACAGCUCCCAGAGGCCCCAGCUCAGUCCCCCUGCUCAGACUGAGAGCCCCUCCUUCCUCUGUGGGAGACUCAAGCAGGCUGUGAAGCCUUGUCCCCCAGAGGACAAGGAGCCUGAGGACUGCAAAGUGCCCCCGAGGUCCUUCGAGGCUGAAGGUGCCCAGCUGCAGGGUGGGAGUAAUGAGUGGGAAGUGGUGGUUCAAGUUGAGGACGACGGGGAUGGUGAUUGUGUUUCUGAGCUUGAGACUGUGCUGACCAGGAGGAAGUCAGAGGACAUCAGAAAGCCCUGUGCUGCCGAGCCAGCCCUGGGUUCAGGGUCCCUGGCAGCUGAGCCCACUGAGAACAGAAAAGGGACAGCUGUGCCUGUUGAAUGCCCUACGUGCCAUAAAAAGUUCCUCAGCAAAUACUAUCUGAAGGUGCACAACAGGAAGCACACCGGGGAGAAACCCUUUGAGUGUCCCAAGUGUGGGAAGUGUUACUUCCGGAAGGAGAACCUCCUGGAGCAUGAAGCCCGGAAUUGCAUGAACCGCUCGGAACAGGUCUUCACGUGCUCCGUGUGCCAGGAGACCUUCCGCCGGAGGACGGAGCUGCGGGUGCACAUGGUGUCGCACACGGGGGAGAUGCCCUACAAGUGCUCCUCCUGCUCCCAGCAGUUCAUGCAGAAGAAGGAUUUGCAGAGCCACAUGAUUAAGCUGCACGGAGCCCCCAAGCCCCACGCAUGCCCCACCUGCGCCAAGUGCUUCCUGUCCCGGACUGAGCUACAGCUGCAUGAGGCCUUCAAGCACCGCGGGGAGAAACUGUUUGUGUGCGAGGAGUGCGGGCACCGGGCCUCGAGCCGCAACGGGCUGCAGAUGCACAUCAAGGCCAAGCACAGGCACGAGCGGCCAUACGUGUGCGAGUUCUGCAGCCACGCCUUCACACAGAAGGCCAACCUCAACAUGCACCUACGCACACACACGGGUGAGAAGCCCUUCCAGUGCCACCUCUGUGGCAAGACUUUCCGUACCCAAGCCAGCCUGGACAAGCACAACCGCACCCACACGGGCGAGCGGCCCUUCAGCUGCGAGUUCUGUGAGCAGCGCUUCACGGAGAAGGGCCCCCUCCUGCGGCAUGUGGCCAGCCGCCAUCAGGAGGGCCGGCCCCACUUCUGCCAGAUCUGUGGCAAGACCUUCAAAGGCCCUGCCAAGGCCUCCUGCUGUGUUUCCUGGCCCCCAUCACAGUGGGCCCCCGGCACGCUCCCACCUGUCCUGAUGCUGGUGGCCGUGUCCCUCCUGCAGCUGUGGAACAGUUACGCGUGCAUGUCAGGCGGCACAAGGGGGUGCGGAAGUUCGAGUGCACUGAGUGUGGCUACAAAUUCACACGGCAGGCCCACCUGCGGAGGCACAUGGGGAUCCACGACCGCGUGGAGAACUACAACCCGAGGCAGCGCAAGCUCCGCAACCUCGUCAUCGAGGACGAGAAGAUGGUGGUGGUGGCGCUGCAGCCUCCCGCGGAGCUGGAGGUGGGCUCGGCCGAGGUCAUUGUGGAGUCCCUGGCCCAGGGCGGCCUGGCCCCCCAGCUCCCCAGCCAGGGACUGCGUGCCGAGGAGAGCUUCGCCGGCCCGGGUGUCCCGGAGCCCGCGCUCAUCGUCACAGCUGCCGUCCCCGAGGACUGUGACACGUAGCCCACCCCGUCCCCUGGGCGCAGCUCCCAAUAAACCUGCAGCUUUGGACUGGCUUGUCCCUGCCUGUCUGCACUCUGUCCCUCAGUGUCCCGGAGCUGCAGGCCCGGGCUCCAGUGAGGCGCCUCUUCUCUGACCCGGACCUCCAGUGGUCCUUGAAGCUCAGCCAGCUCCUUGGGAGACACCAGCUGAGCAAGACCUGGCCGGGCAGCUUCUGACUCGAGCCUUCCACCCCUUGUUUGUUCAGGAGUUGGAGCUGGGAUCGCUGGCCACAUGAACUGGUAGAGCUCCUAUUUUAGUGGAGGUGAUAGUGGGGUGGAAUCCAUUCCUAGGCCCCCAGAGUCAGAAUGGAGUAGACAGG